CUCGGCGGUAUGUUUUUCUCACAAGUUUGAGAUUCCCAUUUGAUUGAAGGUUAAGGGUUGAAGGUUUAUUGAUUAAUGUAAUUGUUUCUAAUUAGCUUUAAUUGUUUUCGUUUAUUAAACGGGUUCCUAUUACUUUUACUUGGGUGUCUAAAUUAUUUUAUUGUUAAUUGGAAUGGCAGAAUAUACCAGAGAACCUUGCCCUUGGCGUAUUGUUGACGAUUGUGGUGGUGCUUUUUCCAUGGGUGCCAUCGGUGGUAGUGUUUUCCAAGGAAUUAAAGGUUUUAGAAAUGCUCCAUCCGGAAUGUCUCGUAGAUUUUAUGGUAGUUGGUCGGCAAUUAGACAGCGAGCACCAAUGAUAGGCGGAAGUUUCGCUGUUUGGGGAGGUACUUCCACAAUUGAUUGUGCGUUGAUUCAAAUUAGAAAGAAAGAAGAUCCAUGGAAUUCGAUAAUCAGUGGUGCAGCCACUGGUGGAAUCCUCGCAGUGCGUAGUGGUACCAUGACAAUGUUAGGAUCUGCAGUUAUUGGGGAACUUUAUUAGCUUUAAUCGAAGGAGUUGCGAUAUUAAUGGGAAGAUAUUCAGCCGCUGCAUUCGCACCAGCAGCAAUGAACUCUCAACCGAAUAUGGGAGUUAAUCCAUUUGUACACUCGUCGGAAGCAUAGGUAAUAGGUAAUUUCAACACUUUAACUAAAGUUAUUUCCAUCUACUGGUCACUAGUAAUCAUCAUCAGCAAUUAAUUUUAGUCAAUUAACUAAAUACCUUUUUUUGCUCGUUCUCAUAAACAACUUUCAUAUACGA